AUGAAGCCAACUCAUUUCGCAAGAAUUUGGAGUUCAAUUUUGUCAUUGCUGGUCAUUCUCGGACAAUGUAUGGUGAUUCCAAAACCUACAGAUGUAAAAGCCACGAGAAUUGCAAUGCUUUCGUUCGCAUUCGCCCGCAUCAGAUGGAGUUCGUGUGUGAACUUUGUGGUGAUCACGACGGAGGAGCAGAAGAAGUUCAAGCCUCGAGGGGUAUUCACAAGUGCUUCGAUAAAGAGCUUGCGUUGA